CCGAAUUAGGCACCACAAGAUGAGAUGACCGUAGGUGCGUGCCGUGUGUGACCUCACCGGGGAAAGAGGCGAUCCAGCGGCAGCCCACGGACACCACGAGCAGCCAAAAGAGACGCUGUCUGCAAAACCUGUAUAAAAGACGAGCAGCUCCUCGGAAGCCACGGCCGAGGCGCCUCAGAAAGCUGCCCUCCACAGUUCCACGGUCUGCGCUCCCCAAGAAAUUCUCCUCCAGUCGCACCGCCAGACGACCCGACUAUCGCCAAUAGCCGGAGAAGAAGAAGAACAGCCUCUCUUUCUUGGACAGCAUCAAGAGCCAGUACUUCCUCUCAGCAGAUAAGGCCAUAAUACCAGCCGGCCUUCUUUCCCCGCUAUAGUAACAGUUUUGGUGAAAUCAAAUUCAGGUUCACUGAUGGGUUCCUCAGGUGAACCCAGAAGCAAAAUGGGCACCAUAAAGCCCUUGGGGAUUCAGCUCUUCGAGUGUGUCCGGGGUGGACCUCUCUCCUUCAGAUCAUCUCAGGCUCUUGUAUUGGUACUGACAUUCCUAUCCUACGCUAGCUACCAUGCCACUAGGAAAACUACAAGCAUUGUCAAGAGCGUUCUUGAUCCCAAGACGGCAAACCUUGGCAUGUUGCACUGGCCCAGUCAGCAGUAUCUUCAGGACCUACAAGGUGCAGGGAACAACACGGCUCUAACCAGUGGGUGGGCUCCAUUCAAUGGCGACGGUGGCACCGCGUUGCUCGGCGAGAUCGACUUGGCCUUCCUCGGGGUAUAUGCGAUCGGCAUGUUCUUCGCUGGCCAUUUGGGUGACCGGGUGGAUCUGAGGAUCCUUCUCACAGUCGGAAUGGUAGGAACCGGGCUGUUCACCACUGCCUUCGGAGCUGGAUACUGGCUCAACAUACACAGCUUCUACUACUUUCUGGCCGUCCAGAUGAUCGCCGGCCUGUUUCAGUCGACCGGCUGGCCGUCGGUGGUGGCGGUAGUGGGCAACUGGUUCGGCAAGAGCAAGAGGGGGCUGAUCAUGGGAAUCUGGAACGCUCACACGUCUGUGGGGAACAUAUCUGGCUCUCUGAUCGCUGCUGCCAUGCUGAAGUUUGGAUGGAGUUGGUCAUUUGCAGUGCCUGGUGCUAUGAUCGCGUUGGUUGGGCUCGCCGUGUUCCUGUUCUUGCCUGUUGAUCCGGAGGUGAUCGGGAUCGAGGACGAUCGCCAUGUGAGGGAUUAUGAGAAGAAUGACACGGACGUUCCUCUGUUGGAGGGACGAUCAGAUUCGAGAGACGGGGCAGUGGGGUUCAUUCAGGCAUGGAGGAUUCCUGGCGUUGCUCCGUUCGCUCUCUGCCUCUUCUUCUGCAAGCUUGUCGCCUACACGUUCCUCUACUGGCUUCCAUUCUAUCUGAGCCACACAGAGAUCGGAGGAGAAUAUCUGUCAGACUCUGCUGCCGGGGUACUGUCGACUCUGUUCGACGUGGGUGGCGUCGUCGGCGGCAUUCUGGCCGGGCACAUAUCCGACCGCCUCGACGCGCGGGCGGUGACGGCGGCGAGCUUCACCUUCUGCGCGAUACCGGCUCUCUUCGUCUACCGCAUAUACGGGAGCAUCUCGCUGACGUGGAACGCCGCGCUCAUGUUGCUCACGGGGGUGCUGGUGAACGGCCCCUACGCGCUUAUCACCACCGCCGUCUCGGCCGACCUCGGCACGCACAGCUCGCUGAACGGCAACUCCCGCGCGCUGGCCACCGUGACGGCGAUCAUCGACGGGACCGGGUCCAUCGGCGCCGCUGUCGGCCCGCUGCUGACAGGCUACAUCUCGGCCAGGAGCUGGAGCGGCGUGUUCACGAUGCUGAUGGUGUCAGCGCUCAUCGCCGGGCUGUUGCUGUCGAGGCUGGUGGUGGCCGAGAUCUCCGCGAAGAUGGAGGCACGCAGGAGGACUGAUCCCGCGAGCGAUCUGCCCGUGUCCUCCUUGGAAGAACCUUAGGCGCCGCUGAAGAUGGUUGGAUAUACAUACUUGGACAGACCAAGACGAUGCACGGCUGUGAAUUUGGGAUUGGGACAAGGUGUGGCGGGAAGAGCCAACUCCCCUCUGAUUUUAGGACCGAGGUGUAGGUGCUCUUCAGUCAAAGGGUUGUAGCGUCUUGUUGCUUCUGAACGUUCUUGUGUCGUGCUGUGCAUAUGUGGGUGAUUACUACGCUGAAUUCGAUCA